AUGGACGCGGCGGCGCUGCUCAAGUCGCAGGGGUGGCGGGGCAAGGGCUUCUCGCUGCACCCGACCGACAACGACAUCGGGCUGGCGAAGCCGCUGCUGCUGUCGGGCAACAAGGACGGGCGCGGCGUCGGCCAGAAGCCGCACUACACGAGCGAUCAGUGGUGGCUGGCCGCCUUUGACGAGAAGCUCAAGGGCCUGGACACGACGAGCAAGUCCGGCGGCGUCGUGCAGUCGGUGACCGAGGGGAGGCUGGACAUGGUGGCAGCCACCAGCGGCGGCACCGGCGGUAAGUACACGGGCGCCGGGGGCCUGUACUCCUCGUUUGUGCGCGGUGAGAAGCUCGAGGGCACCGUGGUGCUAGUGACACCGCCGGAAACGGCCGACGAGCACGAGGCCAACAAGGACAAGCCGAAGAGGACGAAGGAGACAAAGGAAGAGAGGCGCACCCGCAGAGAGGCCAGGUGGCAGCGCAAAGCCGAAAAUGCUGCGAAAGCCGAGGCAAAGCUGAAAGCCGCCAAGCGGGCUGCUGCCAAGGAGGAGAGGAGGAGAACCCGGGCCACCGCUGGCAGCGAGACAAAGGAAGAGCGACGCGCCAGGAGAGCGGAGCGUAGAGCUCGCAAAGAAGCCAGGAGGAAGAGGCGCGCGGAGAAGAGCCUGCGCAAAGCCGACCAGGGUUGA